AUGGAAAAACGCCCCUUAAAUAACAAAAAAAUAAAAAAAAAAAGAAAACAAAAUCAAAAACAAAAACAAAAAAAAAAAAAAAAAAUUAUAAUAAAAAAACAAAAGAAAAAAAACAAAUUAAAUAUCUUCACCAUUUUAUAUUUUUUUUUUAUGACAGGUUAA